AUGGCUCCCGUCAAGGUUGGUAUCAACGGCUUCGGCCGCAUCGGUCGCAUUGUCUUCCGCAACGCUAUCGAGCACGACGACAUCGAGAUUGUUGCCGUCAACGACCCCUUCAUUGAGACCAAGUACGCUGCCUACAUGCUCAAGUACGACUCGUCCCACGGCAACUUCAAGGGCGAGAUCGGCCAGGACGGCGAGGACCUUGUCGUCAACGGCAAGAAGGUCAAGUUCUACACUGAGCGCGAUCCCGCCGCCAUCCCCUGGAAGGAUACUGGCGCCGAGUACAUUGUCGAGUCCACCGGUGUCUUCACCACCACCGAGAAGGCCAAGGCUCACCUUGUCGGCGGUGCCAAGAAGGUCAUCAUCUCGGCUCCCUCCGCCGAUGCCCCCAUGUACGUCAUGGGUGUCAACCAGGAGACCUACGACGGCAAGGCCGAUGUCAUCUCCAACGCUUCGUGCACCACCAACUGCCUGGCUCCCCUCGCCAAGGUCAUCAACGACAAGUUCGGUAUCGUUGAGGGUCUCAUGACCACCGUCCACUCCUACACCGCCACCCAGAAGACCGUUGACGGUCCCUCCUCCAAGGACUGGCGCGGUGGCCGUGGUGCUGCUCAGAACAUCAUCCCCAGCAGCACUGGUGCCGCCAAGGCUGUCGGCAAGGUUAUCCCUGCUCUCAACGGCAAGCUGACCGGCAUGGCUUUCCGUGUCCCCACCGCCAACGUUUCGGUUGUUGACCUGACGGCCCGCAUCGAGAAGUCUGCCACCUAUGACGAGAUCAAGGCCGCCAUCAAGGAGGCUUCCGAGGGUCCCCUCAAGGCACAUUACACAGGCGUUCUGGGCUACACCGAGGACGACGUCGUCUCUGCCGACCUCAACGGCAACACCAACUCGUCUAUCUUCGACGCCAAGGCCGGUAUCUCUCUCAACAACAACUUCGUCAAGCUGGUCUCCUGGUACGACAACGAGUGGGGUUACUCCCGCCGUGUCCUCGACUUGGUCUCCUACGUCGCCAAGGUUGACGCCAAAUAA